AAUAAUAUAAUUAUAUAUAAUUAUCAUUGUGUGAGCAAAGCUAAGUGCAAAAUUGCGAAGGAGAAAGGAAAGGUUGUCUCUGCGUGGGGGUGUGUGUGUGUGUGUGUGUGUGUGUGUGUGUGUGGAGUGGCGUGUGUGUACCUGCCCUCUCUCUUGCCGGCGCUAUCGUCGGAAUUCCGUUCUUGAUUUUCCGAUCACCGGAUUCGAUCCUAUCUCGAAUCCCUAAUUGUGCGUUUUGUUCUAUCAAUUGAAAUUCGACAGCCAUUCAAUCGUUUUUGGGUUUUGGAGGUGGGGAUGGACGAUUACGCGAGCAGCGACGACGAUUACCGUUACUCCGAUCGAGAAGACUCUGUCGACCCCUUUGAAAACGACGACCAAGAUUUUCCUUUCCUCUCUUCCAAGGGUCCUACCACUCAGGUGAUUACGAAGGAAUCACUGCUGGCUGCACAGAGGGAGGAUUUGCGCCGAGUGAUGGACAUGCUUUCAGUGAGAGAGCAACAUGCUCGUACGCUUCUUAUUUAUCAUCGUUGGGAUGUGGAGAAGUUGUUUGCAGUGUAUGUAGACAAGGGGAAGACAUUUCUGUUUGCUGAGGCUGGUGUUAGUGUGGAUGAACAUCGCGACUCUGACUCAUCUGUUCCUUCUACAGUAAUGUGCGAAAUCUGCAUAGAGGACAUUCCUAGUCAUGAAGCAACGAGAAUGGAUUGUGGUCACUGCUUUUGCAAUUCCUGUUGGACAGAGCAUUUUGUUGUCAAGAUAAAUGAGGGUCAAAGUAAACGCAUUAGAUGCAUGGCACACAAGUGCAAUUCCAUUUGUGAUGAAGCUGUUGUAAGAACUCUUCUAAGUAGAAAGCACCCUGAUAUGGCAGAGAAAUAUGAACGCUUUCUGCUUGAAUCCUACAUUGAAGACAAUAAGAGAGUUAAAUGGUGUCCCAGCACACCUCAUUGUGGGAAUGCAAUACGGGUUGAGGAUGAUGAACCGUGUGAGGUAGAAUGUUCAUGUGGUUUACAAUUUUGUUUUAGUUGCUUGUCAGAAGCACACUCCCCUUGUUCAUGUUUGAUGUGGGAGCUUUGGGCUAAGAAGUGUCGCGAUGAAUCAGAAACUGUUAAUUGGAUAACUGUUCAUACAAAACCAUGUCCAAAGUGCCACAAACCAGUGGAGAAGAAUGGUGGUUGUAACUUGGUUAGCUGUAUCUGUGGCCAAGCAUUUUGUUGGUUGUGUGGUGGAGCUACUGGCCGAGAGCAUACUUGGUCAAGUAUAGCUGGUCAUAGCUGUGGUCGAUACAAAGAGCAAGAGAAAACAGCUGAACGGGCAAAGAGGGAUCUAUAUCGGUAUAUGCACUAUCAUAACCGAUAUAAAGCUCACACAGACUCCUUUAAGCUUGAAAGCAAACUGAAAGAGACUAUACAAGGGAAGAUUGCAAUUUCAGAAGAAAAGGAUUCUACACUUAGAGAUUAUAGCUGGGUAAAUAAUGGACUUGCCAGACUUUUCAGAUCUAGGCGUGUCCUAUCAUAUUCAUAUGCAUUUGCUUUCUACAUGUUUGGAGAUGAGCUUUUUAAGGAAGAAAUGACAGAAGCUCAAAGGGAAAUAAAACAAAACUUAUUUGAGGAUCAACAGCAGCAGCUUGAGGCAAAUGUUGAAAAGCUCUCUAAAAUUUUGGAGGAGCCUUUUGAAACCUUUUCAGAUGAUAAGGUUAUGGAGAUAAGGAUGCAGAUCAUCAACCUUUCGACAAUUACUGACAAACUUUGUCAAAAAAUGUAUGAAUGCAUCGAGAACGAUUUAUUGGGUUCUCUCCAUCUUGGCAUGCAUAGUAUUGCUCCAUAUAAGUCAAAGGGGAUCGAGAGGGCAUCAGAACUUUCAGUUUGUUGGAGCAACAAAGCCAAUAAUACUGGUGUAACAGCAGAACUUGAUAGGCCUUCUGGAUCAGGGAGUUCAGAUGACAGUGGAUGCUCGUCUCGGAAGCGUGCUAGAAAGGAGAGUGUUGGAGGUGGUUUUUUUGAUCUAAACUUGCCAGCAGAGUUUGUAGACAGAAAUUGACUUUGAAGGACACCUUAUAUACGUACAGGCGUACAGGUCUAACAUAAAUUGCUUUGCUGCCUUUAAUGGAAUUAAUCAUUUUGGAUUUUACACCAAUGCAGUUUACCCCCCACAAUUUGCUUUCAUAUAUAUCUCUUUCUUUUGGCCAUGUCUCUGCUGAUGAUAUAUGUUUCCAAAAGAAUAGUUCCAAGCUCCUUAUUCCUGCUUCAUUUGCGUUUCUGUUUAAAAUCCUAGCGCUGUAUAUAGCCUUGCUGCAUUUAUUUGCUAGUAGUUCAUGUAUAAAUGUCUACCUGGGUUUUAUCAACACCCUUGAGGACAACCUCUAGGAUGUUCUUAUUCCUAUCUUUUGGAGUUACAAGUGGAGGUUACUUCACUUCCCUUUCUGUUUUCAUUAUUUUUCUUGUUCAAGCCCAAUUUUUUUAAUGCUAUUUCUUUCCAAACAUCGCACACAUUAGUAAAGUGCUGAUUUAAUAUAUUUUAAGAAAUCUGUAUUAGUAAAUAUCUUUUUAAUAUAUAGGGAUGUGAUG